AAACACAUGAGAUCAUAUGGAUUUGAGAGCUCAUCCCUUCUUUUAAAUGACCACAGAACUCUGCAGAGUUGAUAGCAAAAAGAAAAGCACCAGAGGGAAAGAAAGCCAGAAGAAGGAUCAUAAGAGGAGAGAGAGAGAGAGCACACAAAAUGGUUUCCAAAGAGCAAAAGAGAGCAGCACUGCAUGAGAAGCUGCAACAUCUUCGUUCUAUUACUAACUCUCAUGCUCUAAAUAAAACCUCGAUCAUAGUCGAUGCAUCAAAGUAUAUCGAAAAGUUAAAGCAAAAGGUAGAAAUACUGAAUCAAGAGAUAGCCUCAGCAGAGACUUCAAGUGUCCACAACCCUUUGCCUAUGGUUACAGUAGAAACCCUAGAAAAGGGAUUUCUUAUAAAUGUUUUCUCGGCAAAAGGGUGUUCAGGUCUGCUUGUUUCCAUAUUGGAGGCCUUUGAAGAGAUGAGACUCACUGUACUUGAAGCUAGGGUUUCUUGUACAGACACUUUUCGAUUUCAAGCAGUUGGAGAAAAUGAAGAACAAGCGGAGACAAUUGAUGCACAUGUUGUGCAACAAGCUGUGGUACAAGCAAUAAAGAAUUGGAGCAAAAGUGGCGAUCAAGAAGAGUAAAUCAGUAAUCAAAUAUCUGCUAUAUAUAUAUAUAUAUAUAUAUAUAUAUAUAUAUAUAUAUAUAUAUUGCAUUUUCCAUUUUUUUUCUUAUCCCAUUUUGCUUCAUGUUGGCUAACUGGCAAAUUGUUCCUUGAGGAAUCAAGCGUCAUAUAAGAUAGCUUCCAAUUUUAUAUAUAUAUAAUAUGCCAGCUAUAAGAGAAUGAUAAAGAGU